AUGCAGGUUGCCGCCGCCGAUAUCGACCAGGUGUUCGCACACACUACCAACCUAGCAUCAUGCAACCUAAACAGCAAAGUCCUGGCCUGCUCAAACGACUACUUCGCUUCGGUCGAUAACCUUCUCACUCCAACUCCCGCUAUUUCACGCCCCGGCGUCUUCAUUCACACCGGCGCCUGGUACGAUGGCUGGGAGACUCGCCGCCACAACCCCGAUCCUUACGACUGGGCUGUGGUCAAGCUCGGCGUCGCCGCAGGCUAUAUCCACGGCGUCGAAGUAGACACCGCAUUCUUCGUCGGCAACUACGGCGAGAAGGCAGAGCUCCAAGCUACAUAUGCACCGGAAGGUAGCAGCAUUACAGAUGCCCAGAUUGCAGACCCCAACUUCGCCGGCUGGGAGACACUGCUGCCCACUUCGCCUUGCGGCCCCUCCCAGCGCCACGGAUGGAAGCUCCCUGCCGAGGCCACCCAAAAACCCUACACUCACUUCCGUCUCCUGAUGUACCCCGACGGUGGUUUCGCCCGUCUCCGUCUCUAUGGUCACGCCAUCCCCUCUCCUGCCCCCACUGCCUCGGACUCCGUUGAAGAGCUCUCGUCUGCUCUCAACGGCGGUCUGGCUCUUGCCGCCUCCGAUGAGCACUACACCCCCUCCUCUAACACUCUGCUUCCUGGCCGUGGAAAGGAUAUGGGUGACGGAUGGGAGACUGCUCGCUCGCGCGCUGCUGGUCACGUCGACUGGGCUAUUGUCAAGCUGGGUCUUCCCGGCUCGGUCUCUAAGGUUGUUGUUGAUACCAAGGACUUCCGUGGAAACUUCCCUCGCGCUGUGCGCGUGCACGGCCUGGUUGCUGGCACUUCUGGUGAAGGUGUGCCCUCGGCUGAUGACGCCAACUGGGUUGAGAUUGUCAAGGGUGACAAACGCUGCCAGGCAGACACCGAGCAUGUCUUUGGACCUGAGCAUCUCACUGCUGGUGGUGAGGAUACUCGGGUGUUCAGCCACGUCAAGCUGACCCUUGUUCCCGAUGGUGGUGUCAAGCGAUUCCGCAUCUUCGGUCGCCGCGCUUAG